GUUCGCCAUCAAUACUUAAAGUCUAUAGGCUCGGGAUUUGCAUUUGGCGUAACCUUGUAGAUUUUUUUAAAACAAAUGCUCGUGUAUACUACUUUUAUUUGAUUGACUACCUCGUUCCACAUCAGUUUUAUUGUGUCAAUAUUUUCACCAUUUAGAAGUCUCCCACUCUGGAACACAUAAAUGUUUAGUCGCGUACCUUUAGCUGAUGAUUUUAACCAUCUCGCGCUUUGUGCUCGUGCAACUUUAUCUCACCAGGCUGAAAAAAAGAUUCACUCAAUUCUGAAUUGUGGACAACUUUCAUUCAGGAGUAAUUUAGGUAACUCUAAGGAUGAAAUUAUGCAUAUACAGCAAAUUGUUACCAGUAAUAAUGGAAAUAUUAAUCCUAGUAUAAUACCUUCUAAUAGUGGAAAUAAUACCAUUACUGCUACUACUACUACUACUUCCAACAAUAAUGUCCAAUCAAAUCGAUGUGUAACUGUACGUCAUUCAACUAAUUCUAAUGAACGUGUAAAACGUCAUCAUUGUACAGAUUGUUCAAAAUCGUUUCAUCGUGCCAGUGAUCUAGUUAAACAUCGUCGUACUCAUACAGGUGAAAAACCAUUUGCUUGUAUGCAAUGUGGUCGAGCGUUCGCCGAUUCAAGUAGUUUAUCUGCGCAUAAACGAAUACACACUGGAGAACGUCCAUAUCAUUGUUGUGAUUGUGGCAAAAGUUUUUCCGUAUCAAGUAGUCUGGUAAAACAUAGACGAAUACAUACCGGUGAAAGACCGUACCGUUGUGAAUUUUGCGGCAGAUCGUUUUCCGAUAACAGUAGUUAUAGCGCACAUAAAAAACGUAGUCAGCGGUGUACACCUAUUACCAGUAGUAAUAACAACAAUACAUUUAGUCUUGUUGGUAAUGUAGGAGAUUGUGAAAAAACAAAGUGUGAGGGUUGUGCUUUUCUCGAUCCACAUACACAAGCAGUUAUACAUCCUGCAGCGGCGGCAGCAGCUGCCGCUGUAUCUGUUGAACACUUUUUAACGAAUUCAAAUAUUGGUAUGUCUAAAAUAAAUGGUGGUGAAUUUUGUCCAACUUCUUUAAAUUUAACAUUUCCUAAUCCACCAAAUACAAAUACUAUGCCAGCUACAGCAUUAACAUGAAUUACAUUGAAAAUUGUUGCAUUUGACAUAAUAAUGUAUAAAUAUGAUUUUAGUAGUACAUAUAUAAUGUUUACUUUUACCUUACUGAACCUAUUAGAAAUGGACACUGUUUUAAUUCACUACGACAAUCAUUUGUGUUUUAAAUUUCCAGUAAUAUCAACGUAUAAGUAUUAUCAGAACUAAUACAUUUGCUCAUUUUUUCGCGAUACACUCAUUUCAUUUUUCGUAAUUUACUCAUCCUUUCAAACUGUGUCCACAUGUUUUUGCUCUUUGUGGGAAAUUAUAAAAAAAUUAUUGUGUGAGUGAUGAAUAUGUUGUUUGAACUUAAACAUACUACUUACAAAUAAGCAUGUGUAUUUGCAAGUUGGUUUUCAUGUCACUUUCAUUGUUUAUUACAAUAUUAUUACAGUUUUUCUUUGUUACGAUUGUACAUCACCAAACAUUAUUCUGGUGUGUAUACAUCCUAUUGUGUUUCUGAUUUUUGAUUUCUACAAGUUCUUAUGCAUAAAUAUUUAUAUGUUGCAUAAGUAUUAUUUCAAAUACCACUCAUUGUUUUAUCAGUUAAUCGUUGGUUUUGUUCGAAUUAACUUGUUAUCUAAUUCGCAUCUCUUCGUAGUGGGAUAUACUUUGAUAGACUAAUAUUCCUGUGGAAUUUUCAGUAGCAACAGUAUUUAGUUGAACUGUCAGAUUCUUAGUCAUUAUGAUGACUGCAAUUACCUGUCUCAGUAUUCAUCAUAUCUUUAUGUCUGAUAUGUCGAAAAAAUAAUACAGCUCUCUUUUUAUUCGCU